GAGGCGGCGCUGCCGGCGGCGGCCCCGGGCGGGCGCGGGCGGCGCCGGGCGGUGACGCGGCAGUAAAGGCGGAGUGCCGGAGCGAGCGGCUGAGCCAUGGAGCGGGCCGGCCCCCCCGCGCCCGCCGCCGGCGAGCGGGCCCCCGCCGGGGCGGCGCUACGCGGGCACCCGGCCGGCGGCUGCGGGCCCUGGGAGAUGCGCGACCGCCUGGGCACCGGCGGCUUCGGCAACGUGUGCCUGUACCAGCACCAGGACUCGGGCGACCGCGUGGCCAUCAAGUCGUGCCGGCUGGAGCUCAGCGUCAAGAACAAGGACCGCUGGUGUCACGAGAUCGACAUCAUGAAGAAGCUGAACCAUCCCAACGUGGUCAAAGCCUGUGAAGUUCCCGAGGAGAUGAACUUCCUGGUUAACGACGUUCCUCUCCUGGCCAUGGAGUAUUGCUCGGGGGGCGACCUCCGCAAGUUGUUAAACAAACCAGAAAACUGCUGUGGGCUGAAGGAAAGUCAAAUCCUUUCUCUGCUUAGUGACAUUGGAUCUGGUAUCCAGUAUUUGCAUGAGAACAGAAUUAUACACAGAGAUUUAAAGCCUGAAAAUAUUGUUCUUCAGGAUGAAGGUGGGAAGAUUGUUCACAAAAUAAUAGACCUGGGAUAUGCAAAGGAUCUCGAUCAAGGAAGUUUAUGCACUUCAUUUGUUGGAACAUUGCAAUAUCUGGCUCCAGAACUCUUUGAGAACAAAUCCUACUCGGUUACUGUUGAUUACUGGAGCUUUGGGACAAUGGUGUUUGAAUGCAUUGCAGGAUUUAGACCUUUCCUACAUAAUCUACAGCCAUUUGCCUGGCAUGAAAAAAUCAAGAAGAAGGACCCAAAGCACAUCUUUGCCUCUGAAGAGAUGAACGGGGAGGUUCGCUUCAGCACCCACCUGCCGCAGCCUCACAGCCUCUGCAGUUUGAUUGUAGAACCCAUGGAAAACUGGUUGCAGCUGAUGCUGAAUUGGGAUCCACAGCAGAGGGGUGGAGGUUCAGAUCCUGAGACCAGUCGUCCAAAGUGUUUCCUAAUAAUGGAUCACAUACUGAAUCUGAAGAUAGUACACAUCCUAAACAUGACCUCUGCCAAGAUUGUGUCCUUCCUUUUGCAUCCUGAGGAAAGUCUUCAUUCCCUUCAGAACCGCAUUGAGUUUGAAACUGGGAUAAGCACUGGAAAUCAGGAGCUGCUGUUGGAAACAGGGAUUUGCCUGGACCCUCGGAAACCUGCUUCCCAGUGUGUUAUUGAUGGUGUGAGAGGCUGGGACAGCUACAUGGUCUAUUUGUUUGAUAAAAGCAAAACUGUCUACGAUGGCCCCUUUGCUUCUCGCAGUCUGUCUGACUGUGUCAACUACAUUGUCCAGGACAGCAAAAUCCAGCUGCCGAUCCCGCAGCUGCGCAAGGUGUGGGCAGAAGCGGUUCACUACGUCAUUGGGCUGAAGGAAGAUUACAGCAGGCUCUUCCAGGGACAGAGAGCUGCCAUGCUCAGCCUCCUUCGGUAUAAUGCCAACCUGAUCAAAAUGAAGAACAACAUGGUGUCAGCAUCCCAGCAGCUGAAAGCAAAGCUGGAAUUCUUCCACCAGAGCAUUCGCCUCGACCUGGAGAGAUACAGUGACCAGAUGGCUUAUGGCAUAUCUUCAGAGAAGAUGCUCAAAGCCUGGAAGGAAAUGGAAGAGAAAGCCUCUCAGUGUGCACAGGCUGAAGAUAUUGGCUACCUGGAUGAGCAGAUCAUGGCUCUGCACACUGAAAUUGUGGAGCUGCAGAAGAGUCCAUAUGCAAGGCGCCAGGGAGAGGUCAUGGAGAGCUUGGAGCAGAGAGCCAUAGACCUGUACAAGCAAUUAAAAUCACGACCUCCAGAUCAUGCCUACAGUGACAGCACAGACAUGGUGAAGAUCAUUGUGCAGACAGUACAGAGCCAGGACCGAGUCCUCAAGGAGCUCUUCGGGCACCUCAGCAAGCUCUUGGGCUGCAAGCAGAAGAUCAUUGACCUGCUCCCUGAGAUUGAAGUGGCUCUAAAUAACAUCAAGGAAGCUGACAACUCAGUGAUGCAGAUGCAGGGAAAAAGACAAAGGGAGAUAUGGCAUUUGCUGAAAAUUGCGUGUACUCAGAGCUCCUCUCGAUCGCUGGUCAGCUCUAGCCUGGAAGGGACAGCCUCAACUCCAGCAGCCACGUGGCUCCCCCAGAGCUCCUCAGGGAAUGCAGCUCCUCACCCUCUGUCCUCUCUGGCAGCUCCUGAGGAUGGGGAAAAUUUUGCUGACGUGAUCAGGGAGAAUGUGAAUUACCUCGAGCUCUUCAGCAGCAUUCUGCAGGAGAUGAGGCAGGAGCUCAACAGCAUGAUGAGUUUUGACUGGAGCUGGCUGAAGUAGCCCCAGGAGCCGAGGUGCUGCAUCAUCCAAGUGCCUUCUGUGUGCUGAGUUCCCUGUGGGACACAGCAGCGUUCUGUUGACAUCACCGGCUGUCCCCUCAGGGAGCGGCCUGGGCCUGACCCGUGGGGCGCGGGCAGGGCCCGCCGCUGCCGUGUGUCCCCUGAAUGUAUAGCGCGUGUAUAUAUAAUAAACUCUGGUGAGACACA